CCCUCUGAAGAACUUGAAUCACCCACCUUGCUUCCGGUCGCCAUUUUGCUGUGUCUGAUAAAAAACUAGUCCGUCUUGGUGUUGGGAUAAAAACUGUCAACCAUGGAGAACGGUGAUUCCUACCUGCAUGCACUAGAAGACUUUGAGAAAAGGAAGGAAUUGACCCCAGAAUUGGAACAGUACCUGCGACACAUAGCGAAGACUGGAGAAACAAUAUACCCCUGGAACAGACUGAAGCCGGUGUUUCUCCUCAAGCUGGAGAAGGUCAUGCAGGAGUUCAACGAGGAGGCGCCCAAGGUCGACGGACCGCCGACGCCCAACGUGGAAAACCUCUCGUACGAGGAGAUGAGGGAGAGAGUUGUCAGCAUCAUCGAAAGUUUCACUGGUCCACCCUUCACCAUGCAGAGAUUGUGUGAGCUUGUCACAGACCCAAAGAAGCAUUACAAGAGAAGUGACAAGUUCCUGAGGGGUGUGGAGAAGAACGUGCUGGUUGUCAGUACAGUCCAUGGAGGUGCAAGCAGACGUCUGUCAGCUGGCGGUGACAAACUGGUGAACGGGAUCGCCUCUCAAGAUGGAGCAGACAGCCUAUCUGUUGCCAUGCCACCCCCACCGUGCCCCGCCCCUCAUCUUUCUCCAAUCGCUGCCGGUGCCUCUCCCCUUCCCCCCUUCCCUCCCCCUGACCACGAUCACUUAGAAACACCAAGUCUCGGGGCCUCUCCCUCUGUCUGUAACGACAUCUCCGACACGACAAGUCCAUCAAGUCCCGUCACAGACCACACUACGGGGACGAACGGGGGAGAGUCACACAACCGGUCAGGGGAAACAACCGUAGACAAAGAGGACAACAGUUUACAGAACAGCACAUAUACAGAACAGUUAGAAGACAGAAGUAGGAUAGCGGAUGACAUGGGCGGGGAGGACAGUGCACCGUCAGACAGUUCCACUUCAGAAGAUUCCUCAGAGAGCUCCCUGUCGGACGACACACCUACCUCAGCUCCGGACUGCAAUCCAACAGAAACAGGAAGCUCCGCAGAGACGACAUUCUCCACAGAACCAUGUCAAUCCACAGAAGCAGCAUCCAGCUCCGUGGAGGCGAUGUUUCCUGUGGAACCCACGGAGGCGUUGCCAUGUGCGGAGUCAGCAGAACCCAGGGACACCACAGAGCCAGCAGCAGCCUCGGCAGACUCCAGCACUAGUCCGGAGGACAAGGGAAGUGAGCCAGAGCCCUGCACAAGGCCAACUAGAGCGUGUACAAGGUCAGCUGAGGUUCUAGAAGAGGAUCAUGAGGAUUCAGGAUCCCCUCGUAAAAUCAGAAGGAUAGAAGAAGCUCAGCCUAGCGACCAAUCAGAGCAGACCACUGCAUCACAUGACCAGGCUGCCAACAAACCGGAACCCAGCAGUGAACCGGAAACCCCUGCCAGCCAAUCAGAGGAGAGUUCAGAAGAGCAGAAGGCAGAGGAUGUUGAGGAGCCAAUGGAACAAGACUGAGGUUGCCAUGGUGAUGUGGAAAGCUCUGAGGUCACCCUAGGUAGUUUGUGUUGAUUGGCUGGUCUGAAGAUGAUGUCAUUAAAGGUACUGUCCAAUGGCUGUAGAGUACCAGCUGGCCAUAAUGUUGUCAUGGCAAAGGUAUCAAAUUAUGUGUCAGAUAUAUGAUAGCUGUAGAUUUCAUAUUCGGAGGGGACUUGGGGUACAGCUGUGAGUAGUGUGGCUAUGGCAACUUCACUUCCAGCCUUAUAAUAAUGCAAUUGUAGUGGAUAAACUUUGUGGUUAAAAAAAACAGUGUACAUAUAGACAAGUUGUGUUGUAACUUAACAUGGUCUGCUGUUUCAAACUAAGCAGGACCUCUGUGUGUAUCUAUCUAAGAAACGAUGUCACAUGUGGUAUGUUGCCCCAUUUGCCCUUGUUGGUUUUAGGAAUUAGAUGCAAUGAAACUAGAGCUAUGCAGCAACUGCCCCUCUUUCAACUAUUCAGACAAACUGUGCUCUAGUGGCACAGUUAGCAUAGGUAUGCUCACAGGGAUUGAAACCUUCCAACAAUGUACGUCUGUGGCCAUAAGAAGCAAAGUGAAGAUUGACAUGUCUAAAUGCUGUUCAUUGUUCUCUAAGGGCUGUGCAAAUUAGCAUGAAGGCCAUUGCAUUGUCUAAGAGUAAGACUUCCAAAAUUCACAAGAAAAGCAUCAAUAUGUGUGAACUCUGUGUGACAGCAGGUGUCUGAUGAAUCACAGCUUCUGAAUGCCAUGGUUGUCCCGAAGACCAGAGCUUAUAGAAAUCUUCGUUUCACUUUGAGUUAUCCAUGAUUUCUGAAGACAGCUGCGAUUUGGGAAAGGUUAAUGUACCCAAACUACAUGGCAUGUACAUGGAUUGUCUAUGGAAAUUAUCUGCAGUUCCCUUGUCCAACCAUCACACUGUCCUGUUGUUUCUGGGAUGCUUGAUACCAUACUGUUUUGGCAACACCUCAGGGGUGGAACCAUUCUGAUGUUUGUUCUCUUUCUUUUAACAAGUAAUGUCUUAAAGAUUGCCCUUGCAGACCAAGAAAAACUGUCAAUUCAAUAGAAGAAGGUAUUUAUACUCACCACAGUAGCCACAUCUGACCUCUCCUAGUUUUGUUGAUCCAAAACCAAAGACUAUUAAGAUGGUAUGGUCUGAAAUGUGUAUGAUCACAGACAGUUCUAUUCUAAUGUGUGCGCAUAAAUGUUGACUAUGUGCAAGUGACAUACACUUGAUGCUUCAUGCAGAGUUGUGCGAAGUCAUCCUCUCUGUGUUUAUGAUGUAAUGUAAGCCCUUGAUAUGGGAUGCAUGUAGGUUACCCUGGCAUACAUACAUACCCUGGCAAUUGUACUGUAAAUCUUGAAACAUCUGUGGUGGUUUUAUUUUCGCCAAAUUUUCGCUAACACUGCAAAUAUGUGAUUCCAGUGCAUUACCACUGUACUACAGAACAUGUUCCAAAACAAUCAUUUCAUACAAAAUCAGUAUAUAUGGUUGUUAAGUUUGCAUCUACAUACAUCUGGAUAUUUCAUUACUCUACUACAAUGAUGGACUCAUCAAAGUUGCUUUGAGUGUUGGCAGUGGGAGAGAGGAAUGCUUAUAUAUGUGCACUUUUCUAUUGGUAUCCAAGACCAGUGGCUGUUGGUUAUUAUGUUAUAGGGUUGAGGUUCUGUACACAGGAUUUUAGAGCUGCCCGGAGAUUUCUCACAUCUUCUUUUUGUAUUAAUGAUGUCAUUGGAUACUUAAGUUGUUGUCUUGCCCAUUUUCAGGGGACAGAAAUUAAUGUCAGACAAAUAUCUACUGUAGAGGGGGAAAUAUUCAUGGUGGGUUUAUGUUUGUGUUUUUCAUGGUUACAUGUUUGCUGCAAAAUCAAAACUGCCACAAACGGUUCAUCUUAAACAUUAAACCCUACAUGGCAGUUACAACCACAAACUUAAAAGCACUGCUCAUUUGAAUACCUGCAAAUGUUUCCCCUUUAAUAGUGAGGCCCCUAACCAUGAGGAAAAGGUCUGACUCCCCUCCCCACCAAAUGGACACACUUUCCUCUCAAGGUGUACAGUGUAUUCUGUUAUAAAAAGAAAACUUGAGCAAAGAAGAAGAAAGCUCCCCCACACUUAUGUAUGCAACACAAGCAGCUAGAGUAUUGUUGGGCUGAGAACAUAGAACUUGUGUGUCUAUGAAAAUGUUAGCCUUGGUACUAUCCUCCAUAGCUACCAUGGUUACCAUGGGAGAGCCAGCUGGAGGAUGGUACCUAGGCUAUGAAAAUGUGUCAUCUGUGACUGUAUAAUAUUUCAUCCAAUUUUGAUGUGGAAUCAUGCCACAGUGCAAAACAAUGUAUUUCAUAGGUAAGAAGGUUAUUAAUUAGUGUUGCAUUCCAUUGUAUGUGUAUUGUGAUAAUAUGAAUUCUGAAUUAGGAAAUUAUUACUUGGACAUACUAAAUGAUUUGAAUAAAUGUCCAUUGUUAGAGGUUUUGUUGUUUUUGCUUUCUAGGCUUGCCAUUAUAUUUGUGUAACGUAGUCACCCACUUUCAAUGUCAAUUUUAUGCUUCCUUUGUUAUUCCAGAAUACUAAACAAGUUGUCGCGCUGAUAGGCUAGCUCAUUUUAGCUUUUGUUUUUAGGAAACACACAGGUUGCCAUGUUUAUUGCAAUGCCCAGUACAUGUAUUCAGGACAUAGUCCUUCUUGGACUCAAGUUUUCAAGGUAUAUUAUCUGAGAUGUCUUGCUUUAUAUUUAAGAUGUUUCUUCACAAUGUUGCAGGUGAUUUCCCUUCAAAGUUGGCAGUUUCAUCUUGUAUUUUCAAUACUAAGUAUUUUGUUUUUUGGCCAUUAUCGCUAGGCUGUACAUCAGCUUGGAGCGCCCUCUAGCAGAUCAUUCUAUUUAUGCACUUGCCAAUACAAAAUGUGUAAUUAAAAGCAAACAGAUAUUGCACUCAUGCUUAACUUUAUGUUAUUUCGGAUCACAAAUCCGGCCGUGACCCAUGAAAGUUGUACUGCCCCCGGGCAGCUGGAUUUCCAUCUUGUGACUGUGAAAGAUCAAAACUAUUUUAUGUUCAAUCCUUGUAGUGGAGAGUUGUCAAAUAAAGGAUUUGUUUUUAGAUAA